AUGACUCGAUCCAUAAAUUUCAUCAUCAACAAGUGCUCAAAGCCACCAGCACUGGCUGUGGAGGAGAGCCUACAAAGAGAACUUCGUCGUGCACAGGUUAUCAUUGAGGAGGCCAUGGGACGGCAAAUCACAAAUCAAGCCAUGAUCCAGCAGUUGGGCAUGUUGAUAGGCACCAUGCACCAAGGUUAUUAUGAACUGGACACCUUCAGGUACCAGCGUGACUAUGCAGAGGAUGGCAAAGAAGAUUUCAUGAUUUGUCAUCAGUAUGGUCACCGCUCUUCCCAGGAGGAGGUUCCAGAGAUAAGAAUCCAAGAUGUGUUGUAUGGAAGCAUUAAGAGACAUGGAAAACUUGAGGUCCUAGUAUGGAGAUCUCAGAUACCCCCCUACUACAGCUAUGUUGAUGCUUGUGAGAUUCGAGAGCGAAAAAUUACUGGUGCGAAGAGAAAGCACUCUAUGAAAGGUGGAGGCACAUUCUGUUAA